UUAGGUGGUGUGGAUUGUGGUGAAGUAUAAGUCAAUCAUAGAUGGGAGAUACUGAGGAUGGUGUAAAGCCGAAGAGAACAGUUUUCGUAACAGUAGGAACGAGGAGUUUUGAUGCUCUUGUUAGAGCAGUUGAUACUCAGGAAGUUAAAGAUGAGUUGUUGAAAAGAGGGUAUACCCACCUUAUCAUUCAAAUGGGUCGCGGUUCGUACACACCCACGAAGUCUGGAGGUGAAGGUGGGUCCCUGGCGGUAGACUUCUUCACUUUCUCAUCAAGCAUUGCAGAUCAUCUGAGAUCAGCAUCUCUAGUGAUCAGUCAUGCAGGGUCGGGAAGCAUAUUUGAGACACUGCGGCUUGGUAAACCUUUAAUUGUCGUGGUGAAUGAAGAUUUGAUGGACAAUCAUCAAAGUGAGUUAGCGGAAGAACUAGCAGAGAGGAAGCAUUUAUACUGUGCUCGUCCUCAAACACUUAAUCAGACCAUAGCAAGUAUGAAUUUGGAGUCUCUCCUUCCAUAUCAUCCAGGUGAUACCUCGCCAGUCACUAAGCUUAUUAAUACAUUUCUAGGUUUCCCGGAUGAUCCAUGAAACUGCAAAUCUUUACUUCUUCAAUGGAAUAUAUAUAUUUUUUUUAUGAAGAGCAUAGAAAUUGAAUUUGUACUUGGGUUUUUCCCAGAGCAGUUGUGUAAGUUAUCAAUUACAUGGCAAGUUUUUGAAGAUUGUGAAAUUGAUUGAAAGAGCAUGAUAUCUUUUGAUAAUA